UAACUAUUUUUCUUAACAUCUCCUUCGUUAAAUAUGAUAGAAGGAAAAGAAAUGUCCCUUGAAAAAUGUACUGAGCGUAGUCUUAAUUAACCUGAUUGCGAUUGUCUCCAUUAUUUUCUUCAUGAAUACUGUUCGAAAUGCGACACGAACUCUUUGAAAAAAAAUCUAAAAAAAUUGGAAGGAAAAAUGUUGAUACUUUCCUGGAAAAGUAAACGAUGCACUCGGCACGCCGCAAGAACUCAAACAUGAAUGAAUGAGAACCCCUUACCGGAACACCUGAAUACUUAAUAAACGGAUAAAAUUAACAUUAAUAACGACUGUCUGUGCCCGAUCCACAUUUUAUCCGAGGACAAACGAGAACGACGCUCGGCCAAGAUAUAUUCCAUACGGGGGCGUCAUUUGAGGAGGACUACUCUCUAGUUUUUCAUUCUUCGCUCGGAAGAGGAGUGAAAAUUCGAAAGACUUUCUCCGAACGAAACGGUGGCCCACGUCCGAUCCAAUCUGGCAUGGAACAGAAUCCGGAAAGAUAUCCGAACGAAUUAUCGAGAAACGAGUCGGAAAAUGAGAGCAACGACGAGGAAUACGCGCGUUCUCCCAUUUUACUCGAUCUCGACGAGAAUUCAAAGCAACAAGAGCUACGAGAAAUGGAACAUGAACGAGAUCGUGAACGACAACGGCAGGACAUCGUCAACCACCAAGAAACUAUUUUACCGAAUGUUCUAUCGACGGCCGAUCAACACCUACAGGAUCAAUUAUCGCAAAGUGCAUCAGACGAUCCGACCGUGAUUCGACGUCAAUCCCUGAGAAGAAGAUGGCAAGAUCCUAAUAGUCUCGAGGAACGCCAACAAACUUCAGACAAUGUGUUAAUAAUAAGAGUACCGGAACCAGAAAUAAUAGGUGGCCAUCCACAAUUGGAGAUACUUCACGAAACGAAUAUAAAAUCGGUACAGCGUGAACCCUCGCAAACUGAAAAAGACUACAAAAAGUCAGCAUGCGAUCGCGAACGAACGAGAAUGAGAGACAUGAAUCGCGCUUUUGAACUUCUCAGAUCAAAGCUUCCAAUAUGCAAACCACCAGGUAAAAAACUGUCUAAAAUUGAAUCACUAAGGCAUGCUAUAACAUAUAUCAGACAUUUGCAAAGUUUAUUGGAACCUCAAUACAAUUACGUUCCAAAUGUAUCGGAGAGAACAACGUAUUAUGGGAAUCAUACGAUACCCUUCGAAAUACAUCAUCCUAAUCGAUGGGAACCUUUUAGCUACUAUCGUUAUAAUCCUGAUCAUCACAACCCUUACGUCACUCCGUCUCCUCCCAGUUUGACAUCAUCCUUGCAUCCGCGAUUAUCCUGUGAUCCUGAAGAACGACCAUUCCCAUACGAUUCGCGGCAUUGAGAUAUUAAAGAAAAAAAGAAAAAAACCAUGUACUUUAGUAUACAUAUUAAAUCAUAUUUAAGUUGCAAUAAAGUAAUAAAGUUUUCGUAUUUCUUUUAUUA